CGGGACUACAAGUCCCAAGGUGCUCGAGGCGAGCCCGGCUUCCCCUGCCCUCCCGGACCCGCCUCCUUCCAGCCCGAGUCACGUCGUCUAACCUGUUCCCGGUGCCCGCCCCGUCCUCCGUCCGCCGUCCGCCGCUCCCCGCAGCCAGAGCCGGAGCCGGAGGAAACCCGUGGGUGCCAGGACCUGCCCCGGAUCCGUUCCUUGUGGGCGGAGUCUGGAGGGGCGGAGUCUGAGGAGGCUCCUCCCCCUACAGGCAUUUCCGCCCUCCUGCCCAUCCCCUUCUCCGGCUGGCACCAUGGACAGCGAGGCGUUCCAGACCAGCCGGGAUCUUCUGGACUUGAACUUCCAGUCGCUGGCCAUGAAGCACAUGGACUUGAAGCAGAUGGAGCUGGACACGGCCGUGGCCAAGGUAGACGAACUGACCAAACAGCUGGAGUCAUUAUGGUCAGACACGCCGGCACCUCCCAGCCCCCAGGCUGGAGCCCCCACUAGGCUGACCCGGUAUAGCUCCAGCCCGGUUCCGGAGCCCUUCGGCAGUCGCGGGUCCUCCCGGAAGGCGGCCACCGACAGCACGGACACCCUGUUCGGACGCUCCGAGAGCGCCCCGGUCCUGCACCCCUACAGCCAGCUGUCUCCCAAGGGCCGCCCUUCGUCGCCACGCACCCCGCUCUACCUGCAGCCAGACGCCUACAGCAGCCUGGACCGCUUUUAUAUUCUUGGCUCAGAAAAGUGUAGCCCAGAGAGGGUAGGGAACUGCUCUGUGGUCACAAAGCCAAGUAGGCCUUGCAUGCUGACCCUAGAAGUUGAAGGAGGGAGUCUUGGCAGGGGGGUGGGGUUGACCUUUGAUGGGCCUCUUAUUCCUGUAGGUCCCCCCAAGGCCCCUGUGGAGCCGGAGCCGGAGCCGGAGCUGGAGGGGCUGCUGGCCCCCGUGCUGGAGGCCGGCGAUGCCGAGGAAGGUGCCCUGACUCGGCCCCUCAGCCCCACGCGUUUGCAGCCAGCACUGCCGCCAGAGGCGCAGUCGGUGCCCGAGCUGGAGGAGGUGGCCCGGGUGCUGGCAGAGAUCCCACGACCCCUCAAGCGCAGGGGGUCCAUGGAACAGAGCCCCGCCGUGGCCCUGCCCCCCACCCACAAGAAGCAGUACCAGCAGAUCAUCAGCCGGCUCUUCCAUCGGCACGGGCCGGGGCCAGGGGGCCCAGAGCCUGAGCUGUCGGCCAUCACCGAGGGAUCCGAGGCCAGGCCAGGGCCCCCGGCCCCCGCGCCCCCAACUCCUAUCCCACCCCCGGCCCCGGUCCCAAGCAACCCACCAGAGCAGCCCCAGAACCUGGAGGUGCGCUCGCUGCUGCGGAAGGCGGGCUCCCCUCGCAAGGCCCGCCGCGCACGCCUCAACCCGCUGGUGCUGCUGUUGGACGCAGCGCUGACCGGGGAGCUGGACGUGGUGCAGCAGGCGGUGAAGGAGAUGAACGAUCCAAGCCAGCCCAACGAGGAGGGCAUCACGGCCCUGCACAAUGCCAUCUGCGGCGCCAACUACGCCAUUGUGGACUUCCUCAUCGCCACGGGUGCCAACGUCAACUCCCCGGACAGCCACGCCAGCUGGUUCCCCAGACGGAGCCCACACAAGUUUUCAGGUGAUACCCCUCCUCGGUCCGGGGGAGGUCCGAGGGCCAGGGCCCGUCCCUCUCACUCGCAUGUCCCCUGGCCCUGCGGGUGCCUGGCUCUCAAGAUCCGGCUUCUUUCAGACGUGGAGCAAAGCAUGGGGUUGAUGUACAAUGGGCUGGUGUACGCCCUCUGGGACUACAGCGCCGAGUUCGGCGACGAGCUGUCCUUCCGCGAGGGCGAGUCGGUGACCGUGCUGCGGAGGGACGGGCCAGAAGAGGCCGACUGGUGGUGGGCCUCGCUGCAUGGCCAGGAGGGCUAUGUGCCCCGCAACUACUUUGGGGUGAGCCUAGAGCAAUAUAAGUGGGAGGGGAGGCAGUGCAUGUUUGGGGACUAG